GCGGAGGCGAUGCGCGGCACGCGCGCUGUCGCGAUACCCCCGCGAUAAAAGCGUCCGCUGCCUCCGGCUUGGAGAAGAGGGGAACUCCACUCCUGCGUUUCUCACGGAGCUAUUCUCAGCGCCUAAAAUAAUUCGAUAGACCAUGCCCUCUCUAUGACGGUGGCUUGCAGAGCUCACCCUGCAUGCCAGAAGACUGUCCUUGGUUGAUCCGAGGGCUUCUGGGGACUCCGGCCUCCGCCCGGUUUUUCCGCGUGUGUGUGUUCCUGUAGAACUUUCAAAACUGUUUCUCCAAAGGGUUUUGCAGAAACUCAGACUGUUUUCUAAAGCAGAAGCACCUCAGUCCCCGGCAGUAGUGAUGGGCAGCGUGCGAACCAACCGCUACAGCAUCGUGUCUUCGGAGGAGGACGGCAUGAAGCUGUCCACCAUGGCCGUGGCCAACGGCUUCGGCAACGGCAAGGGCAAGGUCCACACCCGGCAGCAGUGCCGGAGCCGCUUCGUCAAGAAGGACGGGCACUGCAACGUCCAGUUCAUCAACGUGGGCGAGAAGGGGCAGCGCUACCUGGCCGAUAUCUUCACCACGUGCGUGGACAUCCGCUGGAGGUGGAUGCUGGUGAUCUUCUGCCUGACUUUCAUCCUCUCCUGGCUUUUUUUUGGCUGUGUGUUUUGGUUGAUCGCGCUGUUGCACGGGGAUCUGGAGAACCAAGAGAACAGCAAGCCUUGCGUGUCUCAGGUGAGCAGCUUCACCGCAGCCUUCCUGUUCUCCAUCGAGACCCAGACCACGAUCGGCUACGGCUUCAGGUGUGUCACCGACGAGUGUCCCAUCGCCGUGUUCAUGGUGGUUUUCCAGUCCAUCGUGGGCUGCAUCAUUGAUGCCUUCAUCAUUGGUGCCGUCAUGGCAAAGAUGGCUAAGCCAAAAAAGAGGAACGAAACUCUGGUCUUCAGCCACAAUGCCGUGGUGGCCAUGAGGGACGGGAAGCUGUGCCUGAUGUGGCGCGUGGGGAACCUGAGGAAAAGCCACUUGGUGGAGGCGCACGUGCGGGCGCAGCUCCUGAAAUCCAGGAUCACGUCGGAAGGGGAGUACAUCCCCCUGGAUCAAAUCGACAUCAACGUGGGCUUUGACAGCGGCAUCGACCGCAUCUUCCUGGUCUCCCCCAUUACAAUAGUGCACGAGAUAGACGAGGACAGUCCUCUGUAUGACCUGAGCAAACAGGACAUGGACAAUGCUGACUUUGAGAUCGUGGUCAUCUUGGAGGGCAUGGUGGAGGCCACCGCCAUGACCACCCAGUGCCGUAGCUCAUAUCUGGCCAACGAGAUCCUCUGGGGCCAUCGCUACGAGCCCGUGCUCUUCGAAGAGAAGAACUACUACAAAGUGGACUACUCGAGGUUCCACAAAACGUACGAAGUGCCCAACACACCCAUCUGCAGUGCCAGGGACUUAGCGGAGAAGAAAUACAUCCUCUCCAACGCCAACUCCUUCUGCUACGAGAACGAGGUGGCCCUCAGCAGCAAGGAGGAGGACGAGAUCGACACGGGGGUGCCUGAGAGCAUGAGCACGGACACCCACCCGGACAUGGAGCACCACAACCAGGCGGGGGUGCCUCUGGAACCGCGGCCGCUGCGGCGGGAGUCUGAGAUAUGACUGGCAGGCUCUGCCUCUCCCGCGGGGCUGGAAGGUGAAAUCCCCACCGUGUCCAUCGGGCAAGGGCUCGUUGACCUGAGAAGUUGGCCCAGAAGAGUUUGCAGACAACGGUACUGUGGAAGAGUGCUGUGAAGGCAGCAGACCCGAGGAACCCAGGCUGGUUUUAGGGCUGUCCUCAGAGGAGGGACAACAGGAAAUGAACUCUAAACACAAAGCACUAAACAUGUCUAAGUAUGAACAGAAGGCACAUAUGUUGUAGAAUAAAUUAUGUAUAUAUUUUUUUACAAAA